AUUUUAAAUGUUGUUGAAAAAAAUUAUUUUAUUUUUUUAAUAUUUUUAUUAUUAAAAUUUAUUUAAUUUAAUUUUAAAUUAUUUUUUAAUACUUUCUAAAUAAUAUAUCUAAAAAUAUAAUUUUUUCAAUAAUAAUUUUAACAAUAAUACCAAAUGAGUCAUCAGCAGCGGUUGCAUUUUCUUUCUUCUGACUGAUUGGUUACAAAAUCAGUCAGUUACUUUAGCUUUAUUGAUGGGUCUAGUUAAACCCAUAUAAAAUUUUUGCAAUGGUGCGGUUACCAAUCCACACCACCUAUAAGAAAUCAAAAAACCAUAUUACUUUCCCUUGUACGUACCCACCCACCCUCUCCUCCUCCUGACUCCUGUCUAUCUACUACACCCACAGGAAAAAAACCAGGCAAGCACUAGAUGAACUGCACUCUUUCCUGUCCAAAAAACCAUAACAAAACUUGGGUUCUGGUUUAAUUGUUGAACUAAUUACUACCUUUUAAUCAACCCAUGUUAGGGAUGAGAUGGUUGAACUACUACAGUUUUGCUUUGAUAGCCCUUCUUCUGCUUGUCUUUCAGGUACAUGGAAAUUGCGAGGAUCUAUCCCAAGUAUGCAGCGGUAAUAAUGGUAGUAUUUUCGCUAGAACAAAUGGAAUCCAUUUCGUAAUGAACAACAAGCCUCUCUACUUAAAUGGCUUCAAUGCAUAUUGGAUGAUGUACAUGGCAUCUGAUCCUUCUACAAGGACUAAGGUCACAUCUGCAUUCCAGCAAGCCUCCAAGAAUGGCAUGAAUAUUGCUAGAACUUGGGCGUUUAGUGAUGGUGGUUCUGAUAGACCUCUCCAGAUUUCUCCGGGUUUCUACAACGAGGACAUGUUCAAGGGAUUGGACUUUGUGAUCUCAGAAGCUGGAAAACAUGGAAUUUUUUUGAUCCUAAGCUUAGUGAAUAACUUCGAAGAUUUUGGGGGUAGACAUCAGUAUGUUGAGUGGGCAAGGGAACGUGGCCUGCAAUUGAGUAACGAUGAUGACUUUUACACAAAUCCUGUGGUCAAAACAUUCUAUAAAAACCAUGUAAAGGCUGUGCUCACAAGAGUUAACUCAAUUACAGGGUUGACAUAUAAAGAUGAUCCGACCAUUUUUGCUUGGGAAUUGAUAAAUGAACCUCGUUCCAAUGACUCCUCUGGAUCACAAAUUCAGGACUGGGUCAAAGAAAUGGCGUCCCACGUUAAAUCCGUAGAUAGCUGCCAUCUACUGGAGAUUGGGCUUGAAGGGUUUUAUGGGGAGUCGAUGAAGCAGUUCAAUCCUGGUAAUUUCCUUGUUGGGACUGAUUUCAUCUCCAACAAUCAAGUCCCAGAGAUUGAUUUUACCACCAUUCAUCUCUACCCUGAGCAAUGGUUGCCAAAUUCAAGCGAAGAGGAGCAGGCUGCUUUUGUAGACAGAUGGGUCAAAGACCAUAUCCAAGACUCCAAUUCAGUGCUGCACAAACCACUUAUUAUUGGGGAAUUCGGAAGGUCUUCCAGGAUUCCUGGAUACAGCUUACAGAAAAGGGACAGCUAUUUUGUGGAGAUAUAUAAUGCCAUAUACAACAGUGUUAUAAGUGGGGGCCCAUUUAAUGGUGGUCUCUUUUGGCAACUCAUGGCCCAAGGAAUGGACAGCUGGGGAGAUGGCUACCAAGUAGUCUUGGAGGAGAGCCCCUCUACGGCCAGUGUGAUUGCUGAACAGUCUCACAGACUAUCAUCUAUUAAAUGAAAAAAUUAAAAAGAAAAUACUUCUGAUAUACACAUGUAGGAAUCACAAAAUAAAUUUGUAUCCCUGUAUUGGUUUCCAUCCACAGGAAGAGAAAAGUUGCUACUCUAUUCUGAA